AUGAAGAUUGCUAUCGAAGGUUGUUGUCAUAACACACUGGAAGUAAUUUAUCAAACGAUAGAUUAUAUUGAGAAACAAAAAAAAAUAAAAAUCGAUUUGUUAUUGAUCUGUGGAGAUUUUCAGUCAAUUCGUAAUAGUUCCGAUUUAGAAAGUUUGAAUGUACCCCAAAAAUAUCGAACAUUAGGAAAUUUUCAUAAAUAUUAUUCUGGUGAACUUAAAGCUCAUUGUCCAACUUUAUUUAUUGGAGGAAAUCAUGAAGCCAGUAAUUAUUUAUGGGAAUUAUAUCAUGGAGGAUGGGUAUGCGAUAAUAUUUAUUAUCUUGGGUGCGCGGGUGUUGUCAAUUUUGGAGGUCUUCGGAUAGGAGGACUUGGUGGGAUUUAUAAUAAUAGAGAUUAUUAUACAGGACAUUACGAAAAGAUGCCAUAUAGUCAACAAACUAUCCGAAGCAUUUAUCAUUUAAAACAAUAUGAUGUUGCCAAACUUAUGCAGAUAAAGAAACCUAUAGAUAUUUUCAUGUCCCAUGAUUGGCCAUUAGGAAUAACUAGUCAUGGAGAUGAAAAAGAACUUCUUCGAAUAAAACCUUUUUUUAAGAAUGAUAUCCUUACAAAUAAAUUAGGAAGUCCUCCUGGUGCAAAGUUAUUAUCAAAGUUAAAACCAAAAUUUUGGUUUUCUGCUCAUCUUCAUGUGAAAUUUACGGCUGUUGUUUAUCAUGAUGAUUCCGAAGAAAAAUCAAAUAGUAUAAAAACUUUAUCUAUUUAUAAUCCAGAUGAAAUUUCCAUGGAAUCAGAUGAGAAUGAAAAUGAAAAUGGUCCUGUAAUAUCAGAAGAUGAUAAAAUUGAUAACAAAAUUGAUGAUGUUUCAUUUACUCAAUUUUUGGCACUUGAUAAAUGUCUGCCAGGUCGCGACUUUUUGCAGAUUUUAGAUUUUCCUGAAGCUAAUGGCUCCCCAGAAUUUAGCUACGAUGAAGAAUGGUUAGCAAUAACGAAAGCUACACACGAUUUUCUUUCUUUGCAAUAUAAAGAAUUAUCAAUACCUUGUGAAGAAGAGAUUAGCGAACGAGUAGAAAAAGAACGUCAAUGGAUUCUUGAAAAUAUUUCUGAUUUCAAUAUUCCUAAAAAUUUCCAACCAACUGCCCCGCCCGAUAAUAGUCUUAAUAGUGAACAAAAAUUUAAAUAUGAUCUGAGCCGACCAUUCUUGAAUCCACAAACUGUAGCGUUCACUAAUAUGCUAAAAAUUGAGAACAAAAUUAAUCCUGAUGGUCAAACCAUUGUUGAAGAUUAA